AUGCGCACAGUAUUACUCGUAUUUGUCAUCGUAAUCGUGACGGUUAUGGUACACUCCGUACCACUUCUCAAUGAUGCUAAAAUGACGGACAGCGUGGAUCAACCGAAAAGAGUGAAAAGAUAUUGGGAUUAUUGGAGUUCUCCAUCAAUCAAAUUCAAAACGCCUUUUUUUAAAGUGAAAUUAAAAAGCCCAUAUAUGUACGGUGGUUAUCCAUUUGGUGGUGGAUAUGGUGGAUACGGUGGAUAUGGUGGAUACGGUGGAUAUGGAUGGCCUGGAUUUCAUUUUCCUUAUCACACGCCAUUCCAUGGUGGAUUUGGUUCUCCUUUUUAUACGCCAUACUAUGGUUGA